AUGUGUGACCCUCCAAGUUAUGACCAAGAUCUACUUAAUCGGCUUAAUGCGUUAAAGAAGACGAGUAUUCAACUCGAUGCAUCUCCCCGUCCACCACUAAAUGUUUUUUCAAAGGAGUCGACACCUGAAAUAGACUUGUCCGAGAGACUUCGGAGCUUACGAAGCGGAACUCCAUCGAGAAUCUCCACCCUUCAAGCUUCCGCGCCCGUUAGCACCCCGUCGCCUCCACGACAAUCCAGUUUCUACAGUCAAACCAUAGCGAGCGAUGCCGCUCCCCUAUUUUCAAACGAUGCCCAUGAUGAUAAAUCUCUGGAUGAACUCUUAGCAGAACUUGGGUCUGGAUCCGAGUGGCUCAAUCCCGAUGAUCCAAAUGAUAUUCAGAAACUUCUUGAUGAAGCCCAGAAAGCUUUGCCAGGUCAUGAUGACGUCGCUUCAGAAGAAGAAGUAUCAAAGGAGGCAUCAGAAGAGAAGCAGCACAAACAGAAGGGUAAUGUCUUGACAAGUGGUCUUGAUAUGUCGGUAUUUGCUGUAGAUGACGAGGAGGAGCACGGAGAAGCUAGGGAGAAACAAAUAGAGGGCUUGGACAGCGAAUCACGUGAAGUGCAGGAUAUAGUUGCUAGAUUAUUGGAUGAGGUGAAGCUAGAGGAUGCGGUUAAAGCUGAAGAAGAGCAAGCACGGGAAGCUACUAACGCAGACACGGAUAGGAAAUCCCUCUCAUCGUUUCCAAAAUACAAACAGAAUGAUGACGAGAAACCCGAUAUCACUCUCCCCUCGGCCCCAUCAACACAGCCCGAACCGAGCCGCAAAUCCCUCGAUUUCGAAUCCGAUAUCACGGCGCGAAUGGCUGCACUCAAGGGUCUUGAGUCGAGCAGUGAUUCUCUCGGUUUACCUUGUUUACCUUCAGCGCCGACCACCAAACCGGUUGAUAAGCAUAAGCAGCCUGUCACUGGCAAAGGGUCUGCGACAGGAGCAUUGCAGAGGUAUACGGAUGGGGAAAUGGAUACGUGGUGUGUUAUAUGUCAAGAUGAUGCGGUGGUGAUAUGUGUGGGUUGUGAUCGGGACUUGUAUUGUGCUAGGUGUUGGACGGAAGGCCAUAUGGGGCCGGAUGCUGGGCUUGAGUUUAGGGGGCAUCAGUGGAGGAAAUGGGAUGCAUCUACGAGUAGAUAG